AUGUCACAAUAAUGUUGACGCGUGUGUAAAAAUUAAAUUCGUAAAUAAAUGACCAUUUUCUUCUUUAUAUACCUAAUUUGUAGAGGUAUUUUAAAUUUACAGAAUAAAUAUUGAAAUACUUCAGUAAAUUACAUACUUAUUCGUUUUAUAUUCAUAUAAAUAACAUAAUUAGACACGCGGUGUAACUUAAACUUUGUAAACAAUUUUUAAUAUAUUUUUUUAAAGUUUAAUAAACAAUAAUGGGUGAAAACGUUUUGGUGAUCGGCAGCGGAGGUCGGGAGCAUGCUAUUUGUUGGAAAUUAGCUGAUUCUUUGCUUUUAAACAAAAUAUAUUGCGCUCCGGGUAGUGUUGGUAUUUCGGGCACCAAGGAUAAUGUUGAGAGCGUAGAUUUGAACAUCAAGGACUUUGCGGCUGUUGCUGACUGGUGCAAAAAGAAUGCGAUCAACAUUGUCAUUGUGGGACCUGAAGACCCACUAGCAAAUGGAAUAGUCGACGCUCUCACGGCUGACGGCAUCAAAUGCUUCGGUCCAACAAAAGCCGGUGCCCAGAUAGAGGCCAAUAAAGACUGGUCCAAGAAGUUCAUGACUAAAUACCAAAUACCAACCGCAAGAUUCCAAUCGUUUACUGAUGCUAAAGCUGCUAAGGAUUUCAUUAACAAUGCGCCCUAUAACGCCCUCGUAGUGAAGGCGUCAGGGCUGGCCGCGGGCAAAGGCGUGGUGGUGGCGGCCAACAAGCAGGAGGCCUGUGACGCGGUCGACGAGAUCCUCACAGACUCCAAGUAUGGUGCGGCCGGGGAGACAGUUGUGGUCGAAGAGUUGCUUGAGGGGGAGGAGGUUUCGGUGCUGGCGUUCUCGGACGGGGACACCGUGUCAAUAAUGCCCCCGGCGCAGGACCACAAGCGCGUCGGGGACGGGGACACGGGCCCCAACACCGGGGGCAUGGGGGCCUACUGCCCCUGCCCGCUCAUCACCCCGGAACAGCUGGCUGACGUGAAGGACCAGGUGCUGCAGCGAGCGGUAGACGGGUUGAAGGCGGAGGGUGUGAAGUAUGUCGGUGUGCUGUACGCUGGUCUCAUGGUGACCAAGUCUGGCCCCAUGACGCUGGAGUUCAACUGCCGCUUCGGCGAUCCAGAGACGCAAGUGAUCAUGCUGCUGCUGGAGUCUGACCUGUACCAGAUCGUUAAGGCAUGCGUGAACGGCACUCUGAAGGACAUGCAGGUGAAGUGGAACACCAACGUUUCGGCGGUGGGCGUGGUUCUCGCUUCUAAGGGCUACCCGGAAACCUCUACUAAGGGCUGCGUUAUUAGCGGUUUGUCAUCCGCGGCGGUGCGCGGCGCAGUAGUCUUCCACAGUGGCGUGACGCGCGGCGCUAAUGGCUCCCUCGUCACAAACGGUGGCCGCGUGCUGCUUGCCGCUGCGACGUCCGCGUCGCUGCGCAGCGCGGCUGCUGCUGCGACUGCCGCUGCCGCCGCCAUAGAUUUCCCCGGCCGACACUACCGCAAGGACAUCGCGAGACGCGCCUUCAACAAAAUCAACGGUCUUUCCUACCUCGAGAGUGGUGUCGACAUCGACGCCGCAGCCAACCUCGUCCGUAUCAUCGAACCCAUUGCGACUGCCACUCACAGGCCGGGCGUGCUGGGCAGACUGGGCUGCUACAGUGGCCUGUUCCAGUUGUCCGCUAUGGACAAAUUUAAGGACCCGGUGCUUGUCCAGGGGACUGAUGGCGUUGGAACUAAAGUGAAGAUAGCGGAAGUGAUGUCGAAAUUCGACACGCUAGGCCAGGAUCUCGUGGCCAUGUGCGUCAACGACAUUCUAUGCGCGGGCGCGGAACCGUUCGCGUUCCUCGACUAUAUGGCGUGUGGGCGGCUGCAGUUGGACACUGCCGCUGCUCUGGUGAAGAGUAUUGCUGAUGCGUGCACGCUGGCGGGAUGUGCUUUGCUGGGUGGUGAAACCGCCGAAAUGCCGGGCAUGUACGAGGUGGGACAAUACGACCUGGCCGGGUUCGCAGUGGGCGCGGUAGACCGGCUGAAGCAGCUGCCCAGGGUCAACGAGAUCAGAGCCGGGGACGUGGUGUUGGGGCUACCCAGUAGUGGCGUGCACAGCAACGGGUACAGUCUCGUGCAACGGAUCAUGAGGGAGGCGGGGCACGGAUUCAAAGACAAAGCGCCAUUCAGUGCAACGAAUCGCACCUUCGGUGAAGAAUUCUUGGAGCCAACUGAGAUAUACGUCAAGGCUUUACUGCCGGCUAUCAAGAAGGAUCUAGUUAAGGGUCUGGCACACAUCACCGGCGGCGGACUGUUGGAGAACAUACCCAGGAUCUUGCCCGCAGGAGUCAAAGUCAAGUUGGACGCUACGAAGUUCAAAAUAAAGCCGCUUUUCGGCUGGCUGCAGGCUAAAGGUCUAGUGUCAGACUUCGAGAUGCUGCGUACAUUCAACUGCGGAGUCGGUAUGGUGGUGAUCGUCGAUCCGAGCUGCUUGCGCGAGCUGCUGGCGAAUAUAGUUGGCGUCGUUGACGUCAUCGGAGUAGUCCAGAACAUCGGGAAAGAGGGCGGUCACCAAGUGGUAGUAGAGAACUUCCCAGCGGCUAUGGCACCGCUAACCGCGCCCUACAGCCGCGGCGCCGCGCCGCCCAAACCGCUGUCGUAUAAGGACAGUGGAGUCGACAUCGAGGCGGGAGACUCGUUGGUGUCGCUUAUUAAACCGCUUGCCAGGUCAACAUCACGGUCCGGUGUGUUGGGCGGUCUCGGUGGUUUCGGAGGAUGCUUCCAGUUGAAGGCCGUCGAACAAGAAUAUAAGGACCCGGUACUAGUCCUCGCAUCAGACGGCGUAGGUACCAAACUCCGCGUCGCACAAUGUAUCGGCCGCCACGACACCAUCGGUAUCGAUCUAGUCGCGAUGUGCGUCAACGACGUGCUCUGCAACGGGGCCGCACCGCUGACCGUGUUGGACUACUUCGCGUGCGGCGCGCUUGACGUGCGCGUCGCUAGGGACGUGGUCGCUGGAGUUGCGCAGGGAUGUAAAGAGGCGGACGCGGCGCUUAUAGGCGGCGAGACGGCCGAGAUGCCGGGCAUGUACGAGGCGGGCGCGUACGACAUCGCCGGCUUCGCGCUGGGCGUGGUCGAGCGCUCGCACAUCCUGCCGCGGAUCAACGACAUCGCGGUUGGUGACAUUAUCAUCGGUCUGCCAUCAAACGGCGUUCACAGCAACGGGUUCAGUUUGAUCCACAAACUCAUGAAGAAGGCAGGACUCUCGCUCAGCGAUAAAGCUCCUUUCAGCUCUGAGGGUCUUACUCUAGGUGAGGAGUUGAUCCGUCCGACACGCAUCUAUGUGCGCAGCGUGCUGCCGGCGUUGCAGCGCGGCGUAGUGAAGGCGGUCGCGCACGUGACCGGCGGCGGGCUGCUGCACAACCUGCCGCGCGUCAUGCCCGACACCGUGCGCGCACGCCUCAACGCGCACUGGUGGAACGUGCAGCCGGUAUUCGCGUGGAUCGCGGAGGCUGGCGCGGUCCAAGACGACGAGAUGUUGCGCACCUUCAACUGCGGUAUCGGCAUGGUGCUGAUUGUCGCGCCCGAACAUCAAGCUGAGGUGAUGAACAUAACUCGAUCGCACGGCGCGAUGGUGAUCGGUACGAUCCAGGCGCGGCCGGCGGGCGGCGCGCGCGUACUCGUCGACAACUUCCCCUCAGCGCUCGACUUCGCGCGACGAGCGCCGCUGCUGCCUAAGAAGAAGGUGGCAGUACUAGUCUCCGGCAACGGCAGCAACCUCCAAGCUCUAUUAGACGCGGCGCGCGACGAAUCGCAGUGCCUGUGCGCCGACAUCGCGCUCGUGGUGUCCAACAAGUCGUCCGCGUACGCGCUCACGCGUGCGCGCGUUGCGGGCGUGCCCGCUGUGGUAUUUAACCACAAAGACUACGCGUCGCGCGAAGAGUUCGACCGCGCGGUAUCAGCGGCGCUGGAGAGCCACAAGAUAGACAUCGUGUGUCUCGCCGGCUACAUGAGGAUACUGUCGGCUGAGUUUGUGCACAAAUGGAACGGGCGACUGAUCAACAUCCACCCGUCGCUGCUGCCGCGUCACCCGGGCCUGCACGCGCAGCGCCAGUGCCUCGCGGCCGGCGACGACCACUCCGGCUGCACGGUGCACUUCGUCGACGAGGGCAUGGACACAGGGCCGAUCAUCCUUCAAGAGAAGGUGCCGGUGUUGGCUGACGACACGGAAGAGACCCUCACUGAGAGGAUACACCAGGCUGAGCACAGGGCAUACCCGCGCGCGCUGCGCAUGGUCGCCACGGGACGAGUGAAGCUUAACAGCCAGGGGAAUAUUAUGUGGAGAUAGGCCAGAGUCACAGCACUUAGGGAGUGUCCGCUCUGCGAAUCUUAAAUCGCGCGAUUUUUUUUCACUUCUAUAACACAUUGAAUCUUAUGAGAGUAUCCUAGAGAUAAAAAUUUCGCGGUCAAUAUUUUAUAUUAUGAAGCGCUCGGAAAUAAAAUCGGAAAAACGAGACUAAAAAUCGCGCGAUUAAAAUUCGCAGUACGGACAGUCCCUUACACAUAUUGGAUUCGCUAGUUCCGACAGUAAAAGGUUAGAUGGCAAAAUAAAAUAAGCAACGAAUCGCUAGGGGACACACAA